UUCGAUUGACACGAGUUUCGCGUAACUUAACCUCCGAAAGACAACACUCCCGAUGUUGUUUACACGCGCACACGCACGUGGCUGACGGCAGCGCCAUCUAUACGAGAAUUUUCCUCAAAUCGAAAAAAUAUCGAAAAAAAGUGAAGCCAAAAGUUGACCUGGUGGAGACUAGAGACCCUGCUCUACUGACCUGAAGCUGACCGUGAACAGCGCGAAUUAUCGUCCGCGCAUGGUGAAACUAACCUCGUUUAAUUGUCAACAACGAUUGAAGGGAUCAAUUUAUCUGAAGUAAUUUAUCCAAAACGAUUGUACGACGUGCUUAAAUAUUAAAUAUGUAUUACACUUCGAAUCACAACAUAAUCGAUAUUGCGCUCCUUAAGAUUAGAAGUCCGUUGUUGCGUUGUUGGUUGGAACAAAUAUGAGACUUACGAAGCGUUUAAUUUAUGCAUUGGUAAAUGAAGAGAGUCAAACUCGUGCUAGACAGGCCAAAUUGCCUGUUCGAAAGUUGGCUGGAGGAAUGGAGAGACGAGGCGAUACUCCGAAACUCGGAGCUGCGCGAUCACUUCGCGAAGGCCUUGGAUUCGCUCAGACGAUACCCGCUGCCGUUGGAGUCCGGUAGGGAAUGUAUAAUCCUACAGCAUUUUGGCGCGAAGCUGUGCUCGAUGUUGGACAGAAAGCUGGAGGAGCACAGGCGACAGGAAUCCACCAAAACUGUCGAUGCUCGCUCUUCCUUCGAGGAAACUGGUAGUAAAGAAAACAGUACAGCCAAAGAGUCGAGAGAAAAACCUGCGAGAUUUGCAUGCCAAGUAGUUGAAGUACAGGAGAAAACGGUGGUAGCUAAACAAGCUAAAAAUGCUAAGAAGAACGCGCCUAGGAGAUUGGUAAAUACAAACGAGAUUGCAUUACAGGAAGCUAACAGGCAAAUUCUUUUUGAACCUAACACAUUUGAUAUCAUAUUAUUGGUGGAUACCCAGGAAACUUGUGGUGGGAAAACGAAACUUCAGCAUGACGCCACGCUCGCGGAGUUGACGCAGCUCGGGGUACCGUUCGAAGUACGUCGUCUAAAAAUCGGCGAUUUCACGUGGAUAGCUAGGUCUCGAGAAACUAAGGACGAAUUGGUUAUGCCUUACAUAAUAGAGAGAAAGCGAAUGGAUGACUUAAGUGCAAGCAUCGUGGAUGGAAGAUUUCACGAACAAAAGUUUCGAUUGAAGCACUGCGGUAUUGAGAAUUUAAUGUACAUAGUAGAGAAUAUCGAUAAAAAUUCCAGAUUUUCUAUACCACUCCCAUCAUUGUUUCAAGCCUCUGUAAAUUGUCUGGUACAAGACGGUUUUACUGUAAAAUAUACAAAAAAUCAUAAAGAUUCGAUGUCUCAUUUGUCAUAUAUAACAAAGAUUCUCAUUAAAAUUUACAAGGAUAAGAGUCUUAUUGGAUGCAAGAAAGAACAUCUUACUCAGGCAGAUAAUGUAGAUGAUACAGUGCACCUUAUGGAGUUCAAAGAAUUCAAUAAAGCAUCCUCUAAACAAAAGACGUUUAAAGUAAGUGAGAUGUUUAUUCGUCAGUUGUUACAAUUGAAAGGUAUGUCUAUUGAUAAAGCCACGGCGAUUGUAGAACGUUACGCCACGCCACAAAUCUUGAUCAUGGCUUUAGAAAAUUCUGAUAAGAAUGGCGAGCAACUAUUGGCAGAUAUUCAGGCCGGUGAUAAGAAACGACGGCUCGGACCUACCAUCAGUAAGGCCGUUUAUCAGCUAUAUACAAUGAAUGAAUUGAGUUGAUUAAUAAAACUUUUUAUAUAAUUUAUAUACUCUUCACAAAUACAUGGUUUAUUUUACUUUG